CCCUCAGCCCCCGCCCCUCCUCACCCCCACACCCAUCCUGCGCGCGAGGGCACUUUCCCCGGCACCCGCCCCAGCACCACUUUGUUCUGACGUCCGCCUGCCCAGCUCUGACGAUCGCCCCCGCCAGCCACCCUUAUAAAGGGGACUUUUGCCAAUACUGGCAUCGAUCGCCACCUCAGCCGCGUCGCGCGUCCUCCGCCGGGGCGCCCACACCUGUCAACUCCGUGCGCGUCCAGGUUCUGGGAGACCUGGGGCAGGAACCCAGCCGCCUGGCGAUACUCCUCGCCCCUUGGCACCCCGGACACUCCCCCUCCCUCGGCAGCCUUGAAGCCCCCAACCACCAAGGUGCCUGGGCGGCGGUCCCGAGAGGAGCUCCAGCCGGCGGAGCACUUCUCCGCGCGGCGACGACUCCAGAAAUCUUAAUGAAGUAGCUCACUGUGGAAGAAUCUGGACCCCUAGAUAAAAAUGGCUUUCCAUGUAGAAGGACUGAUUGCUAUCAUCGUGUUCUACCUUCUAAUAUUGCUGGUUGGAAUAUGGGCUGCCUGGAGAACCAAAAACAGUGGCAGCUCAGAAGAGCGCAGCGAGGCCAUCAUAGUUGGUGGCCGAGACAUUGGUCUGCUGGUGGGUGGAUUUACCAUGACAGCCACCUGGGUCGGAGGAGGUUACAUCAAUGGGACAGCUGAAGCAGUGUAUGUACCAGACUAUGGUCUAGCUUGGGCUCAGGCACCAAUUGGAUAUUCUCUGAGUCUGAUUUUAGGUGGUUUGUUCUUUGCAAAGCCUAUGCGUUCCAAAGGAUAUGUGACUAUGUUAGACCCGUUUCAGCAGAUCUAUGGAAAACGCAUGGGUGGGCUCCUAUUUAUUCCUGCGCUAAUGGGAGAAAUGUUUUGGGCUGCAGCCAUUUUCUCUGCCUUAGGAGCCACCAUCAGCGUGAUCAUUGACGUUGAUGUGCAAGCUUCUGUCAUUGUUUCUGCGCUCAUUGCCACUCUGUACACGCUGGUGGGUGGUCUGUACUCCGUGGCCUACACGGAUGUAGUUCAGCUUUUCUGCAUCUUCAUAGGCCUGUGGAUCAGUGUCCCCUUCGCCCUGUCACAUUCUGCAGUUGCUGACAUUGGGUACACUGCUCUGCACACCAAAUACCAAAAGCCUUGGCUGGGGACCAUUGAAUCAUUUGAAAUCUACACUUGGCUUGAUAGUUUUCUAUUGUUGAUGCUGGGUGGAAUCCCAUGGCAAGCCUACUUCCAGAGGGUCCUCUCUUCAUCCUCAGCCACCUAUGCUCAAGUGUUGUCAUUCCUGGCAGCUUUUGGGUGCCUGGUGAUGGCUUUACCAGCCAUACUCAUUGGGGCCAUUGGAGCAUCAACAGACUGGAACCAGACUACAUAUAAGCCUCUAGAUCCCAAGGACAACGAUGAAGCAGACAUGAUUUUACCAAUUGUUCUGAAGUACCUCUGCCCUGUGUACAUCUCUUUCUUUGGUCUCGGUGCAGUUUCUGCUGCUGUUAUGUCAUCAGCAGAUUCUUCUAUCUUGUCAGCAAGUUCCAUGUUUGCCCGGAACAUCUACCAGCUUUCAUUCAGACAAAAUGCAUCAGACAAGGAAAUCAUCUGGGUUAUGCGAAUCACAGUGUUUGUGUUUGGAGCUUCUGCCACAGCCAUGGCCUUGCUGACAAAGACUGUGUAUGGGCUCUGGUACCUCAGCUCAGACCUCGUUUACAUCAUCAUCUUCCCGCAGCUGCUCUGUGUGCUCUUCGUCAAGGGAACCAACACAUAUGGGGCUGUGGCAGGUUAUGUGUCUGGCCUUUUCUUGAGAAUAACUGGUGGGGAGCCAUAUCUGUACCUGCAGCCCUUGAUCUUUUAUCCUGGUUAUUACCCUGAUAAGAAUGGCAUAUAUAAUCAGAGAUUCCCAUUUAAAACCCUUUCCAUGGUUACCUCGUUCUUAUCCAACAUUUGCAUCUCCUAUCUAGCCAAAUAUCUAUUUGAGAGUGGAACCUUGCCACCCAAAUUAGAUGUGUUUGAUGCUGUUGUUGCAAGGCACAGUGAAGAAAACAUGGAUAAGACAAUUCUGGUCAAAAAUGAAAAUAUUAAAUUAGAUGAACUUGCACCUGUGAAGCCCCGACAGAGCAUAACUCUCAGCUCAACUUUUACCAAUAAGGAGGCUUUCCUCAACAUUGAUUCAAGUCCAGAAGGGUCUGGGACUGAAGAUAACUCCUAAUGACCCCAUCCACAUGAAAUACUGCUUUCACAAACAGAGUGUUAUAGCAGGCUAGUCCAAGAAAGAUGGGUUGCAGCAUAUAAAAAAUAUACUUAAAAAAUAAACAGCAUUCAGGUGGAUAAAAAUCCAUACAAAAGUGCAGUUGCACAAAUGCAAGCCAAGUUAGAAGGAAUCAUGUAUGAAAGCAACAGAUUGCUUUCUCAUCGGUAUUUCUCAUCCUCGUUUGAUUCUGACUCUAGAUAUUUUUGUUAAAUAUUCAAACGUGAAUUAAGCCCCACUCAAAGAACAGAGGGUUAGAGUAUUUAUCUUUAUUCAGAAAAAAGAAGUAGGUAUGAAACAGCCAAGGAAAUUCAGUAGACUUGAUCUAGACCUUGUCUGCUAAUGCACUCACUAGUGGGUCUGGUUUAUUUUCAUGAUGAAGUUCAGAGAGUAACUUGCCAUCACUCAAAUGAAUGGUGCAAGAAAUUAAUGGGUGAUUGUCCUGGUGUCCUGAUGGUUAACCUAUUCUUGCAUCUUCUUAACUAGAACAUUUGCUGAAUAUGCAAUUUGUUUCUCUUUGUAGUGACACACAUUAUUCUGAGCACAGGCAAAGCAAACACAUAUGCAAAA